GGUACAUAUAAAUUCGUAUGAUCUAUGAUUUCAAAUCAGACUUUCAUUAGUGAUUGAAUAAUGAUGUUGAGAAUUUUGUGUCUCCUCAGUUUUCUGGCGUUUUCACACGCUGGAGACCUUCCAUUCUUUAAUUCCCGGAUCGUGAAUGGAAAAGAUGCUAAAGAGGGCGAAAUUCCAUAUCAGGUUUCUAUUCAAAGAAAAAAUUCCAACUUUCACUUCUGUGGCGGCUCAAUUCUAAAUGAUAAAUAUGUCAUUACGGCAGCUCACUGCGUUGAACAUGAAUACCUCAAAAAUAUAAAAGUUGUUGCUGCCACCAUCAACCUGAAUCAAAAUAACUCGAAAUCAGAACAUAACGUCAUAAAAAUCAUUGUGCACGAAGGAUACCAUGCAUCUCAAACUUCGAUUGUAAACGACAUUGCUUUACUCAAGGUGCAAACUCCCUUCAUAAAAUCUGUCACCGUCAGACCCAUUCCCCUGCCACCAAGAGGUCACGUCGUUAAGGCCAAUGAUGUAGCUGUUGUGUCGGGAUGGGGCAGGCUCUGGAAAGGAGGACCAACCACUACCAAGCUACAACGAGUCAACAUUUUGAUUGUUGGCCAAGACAACUGCUGGAACAUAUACGCGAGAAAGGGAUUAAACAUCUAUCCUACGCAUGUUUGCGCACAUGAUUCGUCAGCCAAUAAAGGAAUUUGCUUCGGUGACUCCGGUGGCCCACUGACUGUCGAUGGAAAACUCGUUGGAUUGGUAUCCUGGUCAAUUGAUUGCGCCAACACAGCCUACCCUGGCGUAUACACGCGUGUCGUCUCUUAUCUGGACUGGAUUGCAGCUAACGCAAUCUAAAUUCCGAUCCUGUUUCCAACUACUAUGACACUCUGUUUUUCAUUUUAUAUAUAUUUUGUGAUUAUUAAUUCUUAAAACACGGAAAAAAAAUCUUUUUUUUUGUAUAAAAUAUAUACUACGAUGUGAUAUAAGUACAUAGUAGGUGCCCUCACAAUUCUG